CAAUCUUUACGGAAAAUUUCGCGCCAUUCUUAUUCUUCUGAGUAAAAAUACCCAAUACAAUCGUGAUAAAUAGAAAGAACAAAUAAAAAAUUGUUUAAUCAACAAAUAAUUGAUUAAAUAUCUGUUCAGUGAUAAAAUUAUAAAUUAGUAACCUUUUUUUUUCAAAUAUUUUUUGUUUUAAAAGUGUAGUGCAUCCUCUUAUAUUUAAACAGAUUUUUCACGCCGAGAUUAUGAAUCACACUAGAGGAAAUAUUGAGAGAGUGUUCAGGUUUUGGAAUGAAACUCAUCAGCACCCGACCAUGGAUUUCGCCAGUACCCUCGCGUUCCUCGCCCUGGUCUUCUCCGCCAGCGGCCUGGAUAUUCCUCGGAGUAUCCCGAAGACGAACAGUAGCGAGCUGCUGAGUAAGAUAAAUCAAGGAAUACAACAUGACUUGUCCGAAGUCAAGCAGCCCGUGGUGAAGACCAUUGCUAAGGCGGUGUUCGCCCCGUGCGAAGAAGUGAAGAAACUCCUGGGAGUUCAAUACGACCAACUCGACGGCAAGAAGGAACCUGAUGUCAACUCCCUGACCCUCAAAUACAGAUCACGCGAUGUGAACGUAAGUUACAACAUCAACUCAGCGGCCAGGAUCAUAGCGGAGGAGACACGUACCCACACGCCUGAUGAGAUCCUGUAUAUCUUCAUACAUGGGUUCACGGACAACCCAGGCCAGUCAAGUUUCGGGAAUAUCAGCGAGGCUUUGCAUGAAAAAGGUAUCACCAACGUGCUAGCCCUGGACGCAGGCUUCCUCCUGGAACACUGGUACCUUCGGUCCACCAGCUAUGUGCGCUUCGUGGGGGAGAAGUUGGGCGCUGUUCUCACCGCUCUGGUUAAGAAGGGAAUCAGUCCAAAAUCCAUCCACAUAAUAGGACACAGCCUGGGCUCCCACAUGGCCAGCUUCGCCGGGAAGACGUUCCAGGGGGCGACGGGGGAGCGCGUGGGGCGCAUCACCGGCUUGGACCCGGCGGGACCCUGCUUCACACAAGCUGAACCUGAGCUGAGACUUCAGGCAUCGGACGCAGACUUCGUGGAUGUAAUUCACACGAACGCAGGAGUUUUGGGAAUCGACGAACCCGUUGGUCACGUGGACUACUAUCCCAACGGCGGCUCGGAGCAGCCGAACUGCAAGCUGUCUUCCAGCUGCAGCCACAGCCGGGCCUGGCUCAUGUACUCGGAGUCGGUCCUCAACGAGCAGGCGUUCCCAGCUGUCGGCUGCGGAGGCUGGAAGGAGUUCACUGAGGGGAAGUGCGGGGGGGAUGUUAGCUAUAUGGGCUUCGCAUCAGACCCUAAGGUCCGAGGCAAAUAUUAUCUGCAGACAAGCGGUGACUCUCCAUACGGCCUCGGAGAAAAAGGCUUGAAAUAUGAAGAUCCAAGUUUCACUAGAAAUAUAGCCAAAGCGCUAUUUUAAUAAGCUUUAAAGUUUAGGCUUAGAAUUAUAGAUAGAUAUAUAUUUGAUUUGACAAAGAAAAUUUUGCUCAAAAGUUAGUCAUUUGACUCGGGUAUUAUUAUGACAAAAUCUAAUUUACAUUCGUGUCAUAGAUAUAGCAAUAUAAUAAGACAAUAGAAAUACCAUAUUAUACUUGAAAAUGUGAUGUGAAAUUGUUAUAUGAAUCUCAAAAUUGAGUAAAUUGAUUAACAAACUGCACUGCAGAAUUAUCUUCAACAACGUCAACUUCACAACUAUCCAAACUUAGAAUAAAAUACAAUAACCCACCAAUCAACGACAUGUUAAUCUGACUCACCCAAACCAGGAUCCAUGGUCAAAGGCAUACUCCUCUCCAGAGUAGUGAGGAUACAACUAGGUCUGUAGUCUAUAUAUAACCUGUAUAGUUCAUAUAUGCGCAUAUGACCAUGGCUAUAGCCAAUUUCAUCGCUCCUUAUAGUUGCAGCGUGAUGUUGAAAGCUUUCCACGAUAAAUGGUCUAUUCAACGCAAAAAGAAUUUUUCAAUUCGAACCAGUAGUUCCUGAGAUAAGCGCGUUCAUACACACAAACAAACUUUUCUGCUUUAUAAUAUUAGUAUAGAUUAGUAGACAUACUAAUUUAUACAUAAAAGUACCCACUUAGUAUCAUAAAAGAAGAAGAUAAAAGAAGGUGUUACGACCAUUAGUUGUGACAUUCACCAAUACUUAUCACUUCUAUAAUCUUAUUUUAUUCUGAACUCUACGAACCAACGUUUAUUACUAUGUCUUAUAUGCAACAAUGUUUGUUAUAAGUAGAUGUGUGCAAAUGUAGUUAUUUAUAAAUUAAAUUAAAUAAGAAACAUCUCGCCAUUGUAUCAACAUAUUUAAGUUAAUGCAAUUCUUUGGAAUUACAUACAUACACACAUAAAAUCACGCCUCUUUCCUGGAGGGGUAGGCAGAGACUACAUUCAAGCAACCUUUAUGUUAAUAUUGACCAUACGAGCUAAUGGUCCCCUUUUUUAUAUGUUUUGUGGAAAAUAAUUAAAAAUAGUCCAUUGAAACUUUAUGAGAUAAGUACUACAAAAAUCAUAGGAAAAAUUUAUGUUCAUAAAAAUUAAUUUUAAAUUUAUUGUGUCUGUUUGUGUGUGCGUUUAACAUUAAGUUUAUUGUAUGUUUUUUUUUAUUAUAUCAUUUAACUGCUCUCCUUAUAUAUAUGCUGUGUAAUAAUAUAUUUAUUUCAAACUUUGCUAAGCCUGUACAGAAGGUAAACUUUGUGCUAUAAGCUUUAAGACGUAAUUAAUAAACUAAUUUAUGUAAAUGGUCUAAUUUUUAUAAUUUAUUCUUCAUCAGUAUUAGGUACCUACACUG